AUGACCUCAAACUCUCCAUCAUCUGACUCAAGCUAUGUCUGUGACGACUGGCCAAAGAUGCCAGAUGGCACUGACUAUGAUCGGAAACAACUUUUCGAUCUCGUUCUCAGCGGGAAAAGCCCCUUUUCAGAUGUGUGGGACGUGAAACAACUCAUUCAAGAGAUUGAAGAGCAUCUUGACACCAAGAUUGUGGACAUCCCCUAUGUGCAUGAUGGCGCCAAUUGCUACUCUUCCCUUCUCGCCCAAUUCGCUCAUAUACGGGCUUCAUUGUUCAACUUUCAGAUUUCCCCUAAAUUCGCGACUACCUGGUUCCUGAAGCGUUUGUUUGCGCAGAAGCCCGACUCACUUCCUGUUCCCGUUUCUGCCACGCGAGAAUUUUGCAUUACUUUUUUAACUUCCAAAAUCGAAGCAACAAUUGGGAACAUAGGCGACAUGAUUGGAUGGGAAGAUGAUCACAACACCGUGGGCCCAAGGGCUGCAGCAGCGAAGCCGUCACUUUUGCGCCUGAUCCCACACAUUAUACCGACUGGUGAUGCAUCCCUCUUUCGUUUCGUCAUUGAACAUGGAGACUUUGGUAUUCACAAUAUGUCAAUUGCUCCAGAUUCAGAUGGUAAACAUCAUGUAACAUCUGUGUUUGACUGGGAGAUGGGAUCUGUUGUGCCCGCUUUCUUAUCUGAUCCGGUGAUGUGUGUCGGCCCUGACUUGAAAACAGAUGGGAAUGCUAGCCCUUCUGUAUCUUAUUGGAAUGAAGCUGAAGACCCAAUAACUCCGGAAGAACUGGUGAGAUAUACGUUGUGGGCAAAGGCUUAUUGCGAAGUACUUUUCCGCGAGGCACCCGACUACGAGCGAGCCAUUCGGGCUGGAAAUGAUGCACGCUACCUUUGGUUUGCAUUACGAGGUUGGAAAGGCGACGAUCCGGAGGAUUUCUUUGGUGACUUGGGCAAUUGGGCUGAGAAGAGAAUGAAAGAGCUUGGAGUCAAUCAGGAGGAGGCUUAA